UUAAACUGUGAGUACUAGUCUUGACUACUUGACAGCUGAUGUUAUAUUGUCUGUUUUAAAAGGUCAGCCAAAAAAGUAGACUGUCUAUAUUUUGAGGUGUUGCUCCCUUGUUCUAUUUUCUCCCUUUCAUAGUUAACUUAUUUUUCAUUAUUAAACACAUUUAUUUUACUUCCAUAGACACAGUGUGGAUCAUUGGUGACAGCUAUGUAAGACGCGGUGCCCAGAGAGCUGCCCAGACCAUGAUAAGCAACCUGAAUCUUCCAGGUGUCCGUGUCUGCUGGUUUGACUGGGGUGGACUCCGGUGGAAAGGGCUUCUCCCCUUUUUCCAUCACUCCCUGGAAGGAAGAGCAGCACUGGAUUUCCUCAUCAUCCACUGUGGCGGCGACGACGACAUGGGGGAGACCACCGGCGUCCUGCUCGUCAAUGGCAUGAAGGAGGACCUGCACCAGCUUCAACUCCAGCACCCUGGCAUGAAGAUCAUGUUUUCAGCUGUGACCCAGAGGUGCCAAACCGGUGAAACUGGACAAGUCUUGGAGGUUUGUCAAGUUGGCACCCUCACAUUAGGCAUGACAGUCCUGGGCUAUUUUUGAAAGAUGGAGUUCAUUUCACACCUAGGGGAAAUAUGUUUUUAAGUACUGUAGCUAACUGUCUUGAAGACCAAAUCCAAAUGCAGUGAACUGCUUACAGUUGGCAGUGUCACUGCAUUUGAAUUUGGCCUUUAGGGCCCAUUUGGGUAUGCUUAAAUAUAGUCCUGACUGUCAUGGCUAAUGUUGAGUUUUUAUGUUCAUUGUUAAGCAACACAUGUAGCCAUAACACUUGUUGUCACUGUCACCUCUGCUCUUCCUUCUCUCCUCCUUUUGUUUCAUUGUUUUGAUUCUCCCCCCCCCUUGUGUUAAGCCUUCGAUAAAUCCACUUGAUAAGAAUAUUCCUGGUAUACGUUCUCUCAUCUUAUUGUAAAAAUUCAUGAAGAGUGUUGCUUGUUUGUGAAAGAUAGAGCUGGGAUAGAAGAAAAGGGUUUAUGAACAAUGUUUGGAACAUUUUGAGUGUGCUAAAUAAAUUAAUCUGACUUAACAAAAACACCUUUUAAUAAAGAAAAAAAACUGAACUAUAGGUUCAAAUAUGGGGUGCUUAAUAAGUAGUGUUCAAGUGGAUGUGUGUGGAUGACAUAGGAUAAGGUGGAGUACAAGUUAAACAAAGGUGUAGCACGUGACCUACAAUCUAACAAACCACUUUCUAAUGCCUUGGACCAGAUCAGACGACUACGUUCGCUCUUGAGCCAGUGUUGCAGCAAGACAAGGGAAAUAACCACAGAACACAAGAGUUAUAGUUGAAAAGGUUUAAUAUGGGCUUUAGUAACCUUGGUUACAUUAGCAAAGCAAUAGGGUGCAGGCAACAGCAGAGAAGAGAAUGAGCCAUGAUGGAAACUGGGACCACAGCACUCCACAUCUGGAGGAUGGAUACUGCAAUCAGCUCCUCUUGCACAUCAACACACAACGUGGGGUACAGUUAAUGACAAAACACACACAAGCAGGGGACAUUACAUGUUCUACAUGAGAAAAAGGAUGCCAAGUGACAUGAUGGCCAAUUCAAAUCUAGAUGAUACCAUGGACACUUCUGUAGAGACAGACCAUCUUCCUGCGACAGAAGGAGAGAUCAGCAAAGACAUGAACCAAACUCAGCACAGGUCUAAUCUAGAGGAUAAUGGACAGUCUAGAAAAGAAGGGAGCAACUCCAAACCUGAAGAACAAUGUGACUCCGAUUCAUCAGAUAACAGCAAGGAGUUCAUACCUCCCAAUCUGACCAUUGCGUUAACUGGAAACUCUGUGGCCAUCCAGUUUGGACAUGAAAACCUUCUACUAGGAGAAAAACAGACAAAUGUGGAAAAUGCAGAAAUAUCCAGGAUUUUUCCUGUACAGAAGAAGAUAUCAGAUCGUCAUGUUUCUGUGAUCAAUAUGACUGAUUUACAUGAAGCUGAACAUGUGGAUAAUCUCAUUGAUCAACUGGUGAAUGAAAAUGAAAUCCACGUCUUCAUCUUUGUUCUACGACUGGGCCAGUUAACAGAUGCUGAUAAGAUGGGUCUUGAAUGGCUUCAGAAUGUGUUCGGUGACACGAUUUUUCAUUUUGUGAUGAUUCUCUUUGUCUAUGAGAGAGAAGAUGAGUCUGAUAUUGUAAUAGAUGAUCUGAAGAAAAACACUGUUCUGGAGCAGCUGCUGAAGAAAUGUGGAGAAAGAUAUCACACCUGCAACAAGAUGAUGAACAACCAAUCAGAGAUGAGAGAACUGAUGAACAAGAUUAAGCGUCUGUUUGAUGAGAAUCAAAAGCAUCACUACACUGGAGAGAUGUACAACACUGCAUUAAGACAGAGAGAAGACCUGAACAACAGUAAAUGUGAAAGGGAUGAUGCACUGACAAGAAUGGAGGACACAGGAACAUCAGAGACUGGAGAACAAAAAGGAAAAAACCUGCUAUUUCAUAGACUUCGUCUUGAAGACAGACACCACAAUAAACUGAGAUCUGCAGAUGUUCUUCAGAUAACUAAACAUUCAUUACAGUCCCAUGAAUCUUGUGCUGAAGAGGAGCUGAUUCAGACUUUCAUACAAAAACUACUGAUGAUGAACUACAGAGCAAGAUACAUUAAAACUGAGGAGAACAAUCACACACACAUUAAAACUGAGGAAGAUCACACACAACAAAGAGACAAAGAAGUUGAGGAUAAUAUUUUUGAUGAUGUUCUUAAAAAAGGAACAAGUCAGUCUGACCCUGUUCACCCGAUGGAUGUUCAGAUGGCCGUGUUUCAUUGUGCUGAUGGUUUCCUGAAGCAGCUGAUGGUGACUAAACUGUCCCAGUGUCAGUACGCUCUGCCUCUGCUUGUUCCUGAUCCAUUCACACAACAGACUGAGUUUCUUCUCUGGACAUUCAGACAAAUCAACAAGAGCUGGAAGAUGAGAAACACCAACAAUGAAAUCAUCAGUCAAACCCAGCCGGUCUACAAGGCAGAAACUCCAAUGGUGUUUUUCUUCAGGUUUGGCUCUGUGUCUUCAUCCAAGUCUCAGCUGAUGAACAGUCUGAUCAAUGAGAAACACAACACGUUCUUCCACAGGAACUGCCCAGGCAGCAGCAGAACCAGAGAACUGAUGGAUGGAGUGGUGGAGAUCGCCUGGUACUGCCCUUCUGGGAAAAACACAGAUAAAUUCACUGACUGUGUUGCAUUCUGUAAUCUACACGGUGAUGCAGGAGACCAUGAGAAACAGCUGCAGAUCCUCACUGAAAUGGCCUCAGUCAAUGUUGUUCUUCUACCACGACUGGACAAGUAUGACAGACAUGCAGCAAAGAUACAAAACCUGUACAAGGAAAGAAAGCCACUCAUUUGUCUUUUUACAGAGGAUGAUUCUGCUGUCACUGAAAUGAAAAAAGAGAAAUACAAGAUUGGUCUAAAAGGCAGAAAUCAGUCAGAUGUAUCUGAAGAACUCAGAAGAGUUAUAAAUGAUUGUCUCAAAGAAUCAUCUUCCAUUUUCAGACUUGAAGAUGUGUCUAAACGCUCAGAUAUCAGAGUAGAUGAGGAAGAUGAUGGUGACUGCAAGAGAGGAAGAGAAGCAGCACAGCAGACGAUGAGUUUACUGGGGAAUAAAGAUCUGACAAAAAUCAAAGAAUCACUUCUGCCUCAUCAGGGGAAACUGUGGCAUCAGUGGUGUCAGAAGAACAAAGAACUACAUCGACCUCAAGCAGAUGAGACAGAAAAGGAAAAAAGUCAAAGAGCCAAAAUGAAAGAACUUCGGGAACAGCAGCAUAAAGUUAACAUAAAUACUUUUAUACAGUCAUUUAUUAAAGAAAUGAUCUCACAUGCUGAGAAUAAGAUGUAUUUUCUUAAAUGGCUUGGAAUUUUCCUAGAUGCACAUUCCUCGUGGGAUAUUUCUGACCUUCAUCACAAAUAUGAUGAAAAGUGGCCGAAAAAGAGUCAUUAUAAUUCUGAACAUCUCAACACUGAUCAAACUGAACUUGAGAGAAUAUCUGAGGAACUACAAACAGCAACCUUUGGUUUGGAGCACAUCAUGAGGGAGAUCGGUCAGAUCUAUGAAUCAUGUUCAUCUGUGAAGAAGAACAAGAAAGACCUGCAGGUUCAGUUCUCUUCUCUCCCGAGUCUUGCAGCAGAGAUGAUGAUCUCUGGAUUUCCACUGGAGCUGAUGGAUGGAGAUGCUGCUCAUAUUCCUGUGAUCUGGAUCUCUGCUGUUCUAGAUCAACUCAUCCAGAAACUGGGAGACCAGAGAGUCUUUGUGCUGUCAGUUUUAGGGCUUCAGAGCUCUGGGAAAUCCACCAUGCUGAACGCCAUGUUUGGUCUCCAGUUUGCCGUCAGUGCUGGCCGGUGCACCAGAGGAGCUUUCAUGCAGCUGGUCAGAGUCUCAGACGAGAUGAAAACACAACUGAACUUUGACUAUAUUCUGGUUGUCGAUACUGAGGGUCUUCGUGCUCUAGAACUGGCUGGAAGAUCAACAAGAGAUCAUGACAAUGAAUUGGCCACAUUUGUUGUUGGUCUUGGAAAUAUUACAUUGAUCAAUAUUUUUGGUGAAAACCCAUCUGAGAUGCAGGACAUUCUUCAGAUUGUUGUUCAGGCGUUCCUGAGGAUGAAGAAGGUCAGACUGAAUCCCAGCUGUGUGUUUGUGCAUCAGAACGUUUCAGACAUCACAGCUGGAGAGAACAUGGAGGGAAGGAGACGACUGCAGGAGACACUGGAUGAAAUGACAAAACUUGCUGCUGAAGAGGAAGUCUAUGAUGCAGAACAUUUCAGUGAUAUCAUUAGAUUUGAUGUUCAUAAUGAUGUGAAGUAUUUUGCUCAUCUCUGGGAGGGCAGUCCACCCAUGGCACCACCAAACCCAAACUACUGUGAAAACAUUCAAGAACUAAAGGAAACUGUUAUGUCUCAUGCCUCAAAAUCAUGUGGAAUGAUGCUGAUAGACUUAAAAGACCGUAUUAAAGAUCUCUGGGAGGCUUUACUGAAUGAAGGAUUCGUUUUCAGCUUCAGAAAUUCUCUGGAAGUUGCAGCCUACCGGAAACUGGAGACAGAAUACAGCAAAUGGUCCUGGAGUCUCCGCAGUGCCAUGCUGGAAACUGAGAACAAACUACACAACAAAAUAGAAAACGAAACAAUUCAUGAGGUUGAAGAAACUGAUCUUCAAAGAGAACUGAAGAAUACAAGUGAAGAAGUGAAAAAAUCAAUGUCGAAGUUCUUUGAGAAAGAUAAAGAUAAAAAUAUACUGAUUCACUGGAAAACAUCAUUUGAAAUCAAAAUCAAAGAGCUUCAGGAAAAUAUUGUGAGUGAAACAAAGAGAAAAUUAAAUGAGAUUCUUCAGCAGCGAGACCUGAAGAAAAAGAUUGAUGCUCAGAGGAAACAUCAUGAAAACACUCUCUAUGAAAAGAGUAAAGAACUUGCUUUAAAACUCAAAGACAAAACAAAUGAUGAAGAAACACUGAAGAAAGAGUUUGAUUUGUUUUGGGAACAGAGUGUGAAGGAGAUCAUCCAAGAUUACAAUCCUACAAUCAAAUACAUUGACAUAAUGAGAGAUGUGAGAAGACAUCUUAAUGACAUUCAUCAGGGAAUUCUCCCUGUUGACCUCUGGAAAGAAAGCAGUGAAUACAAUGAUAUUUUCCCUGUGCUCAGUUACUCUGAACAUGUUAUUUUCCGAAAGUCUGCACAAAGAGUUAAAGAAACACAUGGAUUUGCUCAAACUCUGUCUCCAGAGGAUGAAGCUCAGAUAAGAUCAUUAGUCGCAGAUGUUGCAGGGCAAACAAACAAAAUGAUUCAGUCAUUUAAUAUUUCAAAGAUGGGCUACAACAUCAGCUACAUUCAACAACUCACAGAUUACAUCAGGAAGAGAAUAACAGGGCAUGAGGAAGAAUCAGCGAAAUAUGUGUUCAAGAAAGAGUUCUUCAUUCAUUUGGUUUUUUCGCUCUGCAAGAGAGCAAACAAAAUGAUCACUGAACAACUCGGACUGUUCAGGGACAGAAAUGAUCCUGUAAUAUAUUUAGAGAAGAAGAGAGAUGAGUUCUAUAGUAUUUUCCAGAAAUACUGUCAUGGAGCAACAUCAGCUGCUAUUUUUGGUGAAAUCAUCUGUCAGAAACUUAAAGAGCCCAUUGAGCAGAGUGUCUACAAGAAGACUGCCAGAGAUUUAGCAGAUGAAAUUAGAUCAAACUGUCCAUCACUGAAUGGAAACAGAUCAAAUCUGGAGAAACACAUCCUGAAGAAACUGGCAGAAGAGGAGGAUUUUGACAAAUACAUGAACUACAUUCAUAAACCCAGAGAUCACUUCAAGAGUUUCAUCAGAGAUGAAGUCAGUCGGUACAUCACUGAUCAGUUCAGUGUCAGUGUUUUACCCAAGAUGAAGGAGAACACUGAACAACUGCAGCACAAGAUCAUGAAAGCAGCUCGUGAAUCUACUGAACAUGUUCAAGUCAACAGUGGAGAUGCUGGUUUGUGGUUGAAGACUUUCACACAGCAGCUCUCAGAUGAGCUGAUCUUCUCUGAAAAAGACCUCAGUGGAGUCAAACAUGAUGAUGUUGAUUAUUUCAACCUCCUAGAAGAUGUGAUAAGACAAGAACUUCCUGCUGUAAUGUCAGAUAUCAGCAGUGGAUUCAACACAGAGACAUUUCCAGUAAAGCUGGACUUUAAAUUCAGACCAGAUGAGCUUUUGAUUGAUCACCUCUGUCAGUGCUGUUGGGUUCAGUGUCCAUUCUGUAAAGCCAUCUGCACCAACACCAUAGAAAACCAUGAUGGAGAUCACAGUGUUCCUUUCCAUCGUGUUACAGGCCUUGAAGGGUGGUUUCACUACAAAACAACAAACUUUUCUACUGAAAUAUGCACAUCUGCAGUAGCGAACAGUAUAAAGUGUUUUUUUCCUGAUUCGUCAAAUAAGGCAGUCCUCUGGAGAGAAUACAGAAGAGUUUACGCAGACUGGAGCAUCACUGAACUUCCUGAUCUCUCUGAACUUCCUUACUGGAAGUGGUUUGUGUGCACAUUCCAGAAAGAUCUGGAAAAAUAUUACAAUAAAACAUUUGAGAGGAAGGGUGAGAUCCCAAAUGAAUGGAGAACAUACUCAAAACAGGAUGCUAUUGACAGUUUGGAUAAAUACAUUUAAUUGAACAAGCUAAAUAGUUUUUUGUUUUUUUCACUUACAAAAUACAGUUUGCAAUACAUUUUUGUUCCUUACACAACUGAGUCUGAGAUCAGCUAAACUUCACUUCACAGAAUCAGGGACAGAUUAACGCACGGACCUACUGGACAUGUGCCCAGGGCACUAGACCAGAGGUGGGCCCAGCCGACAUAACGCUCCUCCCAGAACGCGAUUUCAACCGUGGGGCACAGUUAGGGUUGGGUACCGAAACCUGGUACCAAUAUGGCACCGGUACCUAUGUAACCAGUAUGUACUAGAACCGAAUCAGAAUGCAGAUUAGUAACUAGCUAAGCUAAACAUGCUUAAACGCCUAAAGCUAAACUUCUCUUGUAUUCACGUUUUUAAACCUGCUGUCCAACGAAAGAGAACAUUAUAAACCUUUUUAGUCCACAACACCAGUUAAAUGCUUCCUUUUGUGAUCUGAUGUAGCUUCUUGUCACAGAAUGAGGUAGAAAAUAUGUUCCAUAGGCUACUAAAAGAUUGAUUUGCAAUGGAUUGUAAAUAUACUUAAUCAUUAUGAAAAUACCAGAGAUGGCUUUAAUAACACAGAUAAAACUAUACAUUUUCGUAGUCGAGUGUUUAUAUAUAUAUUUUUUAUAAGUAUCAGUUCAGGCACCGUACCGUUUUAAAAGGAUCGAUUUGGCACCGGUAUCAAAAAACAAAACCAAACGAUACCCAACCCUGGGCACAGUGGCAUCAUGCCUAUUCAAACUGAAUUUUGAGACUAGUAGAUUUUGAAUGCAGCUUCCAAAAGACAAAAAAUAUCUGAAUAAUAUAUUUUUUAUAUUUGAUACGAUCACACCAGCAUGAUUAGAACAUUCAGUACGGCACAUUACCAGCUGUUAAAUUAAAAUCUGCAUUGAAAACAAUGCCAUUUCAGCGAUGAGUCAUCAGAAGGCCAUUGCAUUCAUAAGCUCAACAGAACUGUGUAUGAUUGCGCCAAUCUAAAAUACCUGGAUGAGUGGAAUGUAAUACACUGUUGUUAAUAACAAAGAUUGUUAUCAGGGAAUAACACACCUCAAAAUGUUGUGACUGGCUAAUCAGAAUCAAGUUUUUGGUAUCAGAGCAUUUUAAAGAGAACCAGUAUGAGUACCACACUAAUACUGGGCGCAUUACCCAAUGUCAAUAUCGGUAUCAGUGAAUCCCUAGGUCAAAAUUUCUCCAGACUGUGCCCUAUUGCUUUAAAAAAAAAACAAAAAAAAAAAACGUAUAUCUAUUAAGGCCACACAAUUAGUCGCAUGUGAUUGUCAUGCAUAUCUCAUCAGUAAAGCCGGUUCUGUGAUUAGUGAUGGACAUUCACUACUAAUUUACAAGACACGAUUAAUGUGAUUAAUCGUGCAGCCCUAAUAGCUAUUGUCAACUACAAACCUGAGCUAAUUUUUGAUAAGCUCGUAUUGAGAAAUGAAUGCAGCAGAAAAUACUAAAUAAAUAUGUAUAAUAUAAAAAAGUGUAACAUACCAGAUUUUGCUGCUUUGACCUUUAUUCUGUGUGGUGAACUUUUUUCUGAGUUUCUGUGAUAGCACCUCGAAACGGGAAAUUCUGCUUUUGAUUGCUUUUUGAGAUGUUGUCACUUCUUUGAGGUUUGCCUUUCUGGGAAAUUUUAAAAAACUGAUGACACUUGAUACCCAGAUAAACUGGGUGGUCACGGCAAAAACCGACAGACUGACUCUCCACCCACCUGUGAAAAGAAAAGAGAGUAAUUUGCAAAAGAAUUAGAACGGUGUAAGUGGUAACUGAACAAUAACCAUAAACCGGGGCUAUCAAAAAAAAAAAAAUUGUGCAUGUAAUCAAAAAAUCAUUUGUUUCUGAUCUUGCUUCAAUAGCUGCCACCCAAGAUCAACCUUCUGGCAGAAAAGCCAGGAAAGCAUAUUUCAGCCUCUGGAAACACCAGAACCACAGUAUCUCUCACCAUACACAUCCUUAUAACAGUUGUUUUUUGGGUGAACUCUUAUGUUCCUCCCUAUCCUAUGUUCGUGACUGGUGGCUCUGUGUAAUGUCGACUAUUCUGCUGACACCAGUGUAUAAGAUGAUAGGGCCUCAUACGUUUCUAGAACAGGAUGUAGUCUAUAACUAAUCAGCAUAUGACGUGUUUACUAAGCAAGGUCUUUCAGAGCGCGGUAUCUUCUGUAUAAAAAUCUGGAAGAAUAACAACUUGCUGUCCUUUGCACUAAGAAACUCUGUGUAUGUGAACUGACCAUUCUUGCAAAAAUUGAAUAAGGUUUUGAGUCUUCAUUCUCAGUCUUACUGAUGUUUAUUGAUUGUUUUAGAUUCUGCCUAAAAUAAUAUACUAAUCAAAUACGUGAAAUGUAUUUUACAGUGCAUUUUGUUUUACAAUACAGGUAGGUGGAAAUUUGUCCUUCCACUUACGCAAUAUAAGACAUAUAGCUAUUAAAGUUGAAAAAGAAAUCAUGUUUUUUGUAUUAUUAUCUAAACAAAGUUCUGUAGUUAAACCAAAUAUUGCAAGAAUAGGGGAAGGAUCAAUAGAUAAAUACAGGACUUCAGAAAGAAAAUUAAAUAUUAAUUGCCAAAAAUUUGCAAGCUCAGAACAUGACCAAAACGUGUGUAUGAUUAGCUAUCUCAACUCUACACCUGUCACACAAAGAGUUGAUAUUUGGUGAAAAGUUUGCUAGUUUUGCUUUUGUCUAGUGUAAGCGGUGAACCACUUUAAACUGAAUAAUUGUAUGUCGUAGACAAAUUGAAGUUGAAUGAAUCUUAUUUAUAAUAUCCUGCCAUGUUUCCUCUGAGAGAAGCAAAUUAAGCUCACUUUCCCAUUGUUCAAUUCAAUUUUCAAUUCAAUUUAUUUCUAAAGCACGUUUAAAUUCCACCUUUGUUGGCCAAAGUGCUGUACAAAGUAAAAUAAAAUACAGUAAGGAUAAAAGCAAAAUAAACACAUACACAUUACACAGAAUUAAAAGCACAAGAAAAAAGAUGCGUUUUUUAACCUAGAUUUGAAUUCGGCUAGCGUGGAGGCAGUUCUGACAGAUAAUGGCAGGCUAUUCCAUAGCUUAGGACCAGCUACUGCGAAGGCUCUGUCGCCCCUGCGUUGCAUGCGAGACUGUGGUAUUCGCAGAAGAUGGCCAUCUUGGGAUAAAAGUGACCUAGCCGGGUUAUAGAUGGUGAGUAAGUCGGAGAGAUACCUCGGAGCUAGGUUGUUAAAAGCUUUGUAGACAAAUAAAAUAAUUUUGUAGUCAAUUCGAUAUUGGACUGGUAGCCAGUGCAAUGUGCAUAGAAUUGGUGUGAUAUUGUUGCUUUGAUUUUGUUAAGGAUGCUCAAUUUUGUGA